AUGACUUGGGGUGUCAAAGGUGUGAAAGGGUACCCCACGGGCGCCCCACAGGACGCGUGUGGAGCUAUGUUGCCUUACCAUGGACCUCAAGGUGACGACCAAUUAUAUCCCAGCCAGACAGGCCCAGCUCCUUACACCAUACAAGUCGCAUCCCAUCAUGGGACCUACUUGCCGGGCAAGGCGAUGAACGUGACUCUCAUUGGCAAUGUUGCUUUCAAAGGCUUUUUGUUGCAAGCGAGAGUAACGAAAGGCAACACCCAAGUGGGCACGUGGUCUAUUCCCAGUGCUAUAUCUGCGCAUGCGCGUCACGUGGCAUGCGGCUGCCAUGACGGAGCCGUGACGCACAGGAACAAUACAGAUAAGAGAGCCCUUACGUUUAUGUGGAAUGCGCCCCCUGUCGGUACCGGGGACGUGAAAUUUGUGUAA